AACUCCACAAACGACCACACUGGGCACUUAAAAACGUAAACAAUUGAAAGAAAUUUACAAUUGCCGCUUUAAUAUUCUAAAAUGUCCAUGCAAAAGGCCAAAAUCAUUGAUCAGAAGGAGUACCUGAAGAAGUACCUCUCCGGCGACAAGGAAAAGAAGAAGAAAAAGAAGGAGAAGAAGCACAAAAAGGCCUCAGCGAAAGUCAAAAUCAUCGAUGACGAUGCCUACGAAAAUAAUGACCAAGAAAUGGACGAGGAUCUGUUGCUGGGCGGCGAGGAUGCGCCCCAAAUUGUGGCCGAAUACAUCGAGGAGAAUCCCAAUGCGCGUAGCAAGUGGCGCAACAUUGCGGUCAAGGAUGAAAUCAAAGAAGAGGGCGAGGAAUCCUCGCCAGCUCCUGCCAUUCGCAUCAAACAGGAACCCUUGGAUGAAGAGCAAGAGAUGUGGGGACGCAAGGCUUCAGCGGUCAAAAUUAAAGAUGAGUUCUCACCCUCCAGAAGAAGUCCACCGGUAAAAAUCAAACAGGAGAAACGCAGCAGCUCUAGGGAUUUGAGCCCAGCAAGGUCAAGAAAGCCAUCGAAACGAGAAAAAAGUCCUCGCAGAAAAGCAAGAGAUCAAUCUGCAAACCGUAGGAGGGGCGAUAGCUCGGAUCAGAGUCCUCCCAGAAGGGAGAGAGAUGCCGAUCAGUCUCCACUACGCAGGAAACGUCGAGAUUCCGAUCAAAGUAGGAAAGCAAAUAGUUCGCCAGCCAGAAAAAGACGGGACUCAGAUCAAAGUCCUCCAAGAAAACGAAAAGAAAAGAAUUCACCAACUAGAAGAAGAAGAGAUUCCGAUCAAUCUCCACCUAGACGACGUAGAAGUAUCUCCGAUCAGAGUCCGCCCAGGAGACGUAGGGACAAAGAUGCAACUCCACCAAGAAAGAGAAGAGAUUCCGAUCAAAGUCCACCUAGAAGACGUAAAGCUGACGAUCAAUCUCCACCAAGGCGUAGGAGGCAAGACUCAGAUCAAAGUCCUCCCAGGAAACGUAAAGACGACGACCAAUCUCCAGUUCGAAGGCGAAGGGAUUCCGACCAAAGUCCACCUAGAAGACGUAGAGACGAGCAAUCACCACCAAGAAGGAGAAGAAAUUCCGAUCGAAGUCCCCCGAGAAGACCGAAGGAUGCAGAUCAAUCGCCACCAAGAAGAAAUCGCAACGGCGACCAAAGCCCACCCAGGAAACGAGACAAAUCCCCACGAAGACCACACGAUUUCAACCAAAGUCCACCCAGAAAUCGAAGGUCCUCAAGCAGAGGUCGAGAACAGAGUCCCCCUCCUCGUAAUCGCUUCAAAGAAGAGAGAAAGAGCCGCUGGGCCCAGGCAUCGCCCAGCAAAUCGGAUUCGCCACCUCCCACGCAUAAGCCAAAGUCCACCAAGACUUUAGAUGGAAAGAAAGCUGGUCUGCAGGAUGCGCAAUCCUUGAAAAAAGAAACUGAUGAAAGGCGACGACAGGAACAUGAUCUUUUUGAGAAAAUGUCCAGCGAGAUUUCUGGCCGAGAUGGGGACGUACAGGUCCGCAGCACCCGCAGAAAAGGAAACAGGGCUCGGGAAGCCGCCAACGAGGAUCCCGCCGAGCAGAGUCGCAAGGAGGCACACGAAAAGAAAAAGAAGGAACUGUACGACCGUUGGGGUAAGGGGCUAAAGCAAAUCGAAGAUCAAAAGUCCCGCCUAGAGGAGAUGGCUCAUGAAGCAUCUAAGCCUGUGGCUCGCUAUGCCAACGACGAGGAUCUGGACAGGCAUCUGCGGGAGCAGGAGCACGCUGAUGAUCCCAUGUUGGAGUACAUGCGCCAAAAACGUAAGAAACGCGAUCAGCAAGACAACAAACCGGUUAUUCCGAAGUACGAGGGCAGCUUCCCGGAGAAUCGUUUUGGUAUCCGCCCAGGAUAUCGCUGGGAUGGUGUGGAUCGAUCCAAUGGGUAUGAGCAGCGAUGGUUCGACAAGCAGAGUGAACGGCGCGCGGUGCAGGACGAGGCCUACAAGUACAGCGUGGAGGAUAUGUAGAUGUUCCAAAAAUGUUGUUGUUUACUUGUUGCAAUAAAGAUUUUACAACUGCCUGUAAAAAACAA